AUGUGCCGAAGCCGAGCUUUGGGUUUCGCUUGCUCGACCUGCGGAAGGCAAUAUAAACACAGCAGUCAUCUGCGCCGUCACCAAGCAACCCAUUUAGGGUCUGAAGAGUUCACAUGCCAGUACUGUGGGAAAGUAUUUAAGCGGAGGGAUGUUUGGCGCAAGCACCAUCCCAGCUGCCCGAGCAACAAUAACCAUGACGAGCCCCCUCGAGCCAAACGAGGGAAAAAGCCAAGCGCGUGUGACUCUUGCUACCGCAGCAAACUCUCAUGUGAUGGCGAUGCACCCUGUUCCCGAUGCAAGGCACGCAGGGGAGCGACAUGCAAUUACACUAGGGUACCAGAAAACAGCAGCAAUGCGACUGUAAUAGCGCCCUCCCAAACCGUGGAAGACAGCACCAACUCUCUACGCACCACCACUUGCAGAACACCAUCGGUAGCAAGCGCCCCAAGCAAGGAUAGCGACACCAAAACUCCUGUGUCUUUCCUUCUCAGUCUCACCAAUCCCGAUGCCGACUCAAUGGUCGAGGUGUUCCAAGACGCAAGCAUCACGCCUCAGCCAGAGACUGUCACCGGCGAAGAAGAUCCAGUUCCCACGUCGGGAGAGGGCUUUUUCUUCUCCUGGAUCUUUGGCCCACCGGACACCGAUCCCUUUGCCGACCCCAGCCCCUUUUCCCUCUCCCAAAUCCCCUACUCCAUUCCCAGUAUAGAGGAGGACAUGGACCCAGCUCUCGAACCCAUCGUUACCGACCUUGAGCGCCUGCACGUCACCUUGACAACCACAGAUCCAUCCUACAAUGGCACCUUUGACGCGACUCUCGCCAAGCAGGUCUUCACCCGGCCCAACCGCGAGGUCUUCAUCCCGACCUACUUCCGAUACACGCACUUGCAUAUGCCCCUCGUCCACCGCCCCAGCUUCAGCGUCGAGACCGCCGCUCCGGCUCUGCUUCUUGUCGUUUUUCUCUGCGGUUCACUUUAUUCCCCGCCGCGGGACUCGGUACUUGCGGUGCGAACCUUCUUUCGCAUUGUCGAGGGGUAUGUGUUUGGGAAGCUUGAGGCAUUGCUCAAACUUAUUUCUCAGGGUGGGGUUCGAGAGGAUGGUGCGGCGGAUGGCCGUGCUCAUGAGCACGAGACGGAAUUAUAUCAGACGUUGCAGGCUGCUUUGCUGAUUCAGGGCGCCGAGUUUCUUAUGAAUGCAGGCGACGCACGGAGCAGGGCGUGGCGGGUUAGGGGCACUCUUGCUGAUGCGGUCAGGAGGUUGGAGCUUACCAGUGCGAGGCAUUCCCAACCUUGGAUACAACACCGACCAUGUUCCAUGACAAUCCACGAGUUGACGGGGUCACUUCCGUGCCUACCAGAACUGUGGGAGGCAAAUGAUGCGGUGAAGUUCGAGUCGGCUUUAGCUGCCGUGGGGGAACAUGGCUGGCUUCGCUCAGCCUCUCUGCGCGACUGCGUGGACGCUUUGAUGGCCGAGUCAUGGUUGGGAGCCAAGGGGUUCCCCUUGAGAUGCCUGUCGCUGCUCGAUCUUCACCUGAUGAUCGCUGCUCUCCACACAAUGAUCGGCACCGCUCGCUGGGUUUCCCUUCUACAAACAUGUAUCCCCUCUCUCCAGCGUGCCACAGAUAGAUGGCAGGAGCUUGGGCGCGAGACCCUAAGCCACCUGGACGACGAAACGGUACGCAUGAGCGGGUUCGUACGGCACAGUGACGAGCUUGGCUGGCUUGCUUCAGCCUUUCUUAAGCACUCUGCAGCAGGGAAGGACGAUUCAUCGCCCUUCUACCAGCGCAUCGGUCACAAAUCGACGAAAGAGUUGUAUGAUCUGAUGCGGGAACUGCGGGGGCUAUGACUGGACUCUGCACGCACAAAAGGCAGGGUGAAACUCGCAACCACAAAUGGAGAUUAAGCCAACAACAGAGAUUCAUUUGAAACGACAAGGCCAAGGAAUACUUUUUACAAACCGACGAUCCCGACUCUCAAGAAAUGAUACUCGGACUCAAUCCGCCUGCGAACCUCGCCCGUCUUGAUCUCAUCAACAUCCCACCAGACGGGGAUGAAGCGUCCGUGGAGGAACUGGGCUUCCUUGCUCGCACACCACACAGCAAACUGGCCGGGAAGGUUCUCUGUAGUCAUGCGGGUCAGGUCAUGGCCAGGCACGUCAUGACAAAGGCAUGGAAACGGGAUUUGGCUCGCUUACCAUCAUCCCAGUCGAGGGUUGUCUCGUCAUAGCCGGCGCUUCUGGCUGCAUCGGUCAGGACUCCUCCAGGAUGCAUGCUGAUGAUCUGCAUGUCCUUGGGGUCCGUGCCAUGGGCGAUCAUCUGCAUCAAGAG